AUGCUUGGUCGUCCUAGGUCGCCCAUUCCGUCACAAGACGCUAUGAACGAAAGAGCAGAAACCUGCUUUAUGGCUCGUUAUGAGUCGGCCUCUAGCGGUUUAGACCAAAAUUCUAAAAAACCAAAAAUACUCGGGACUGUUGCCAAGUCUCAUUCAGACCAUCCAGCAACAGUUGCCACCACAUCGUCGUGGCGGCGUUCCCAUAAUCCAACUCUUCAGAGACUUAUUGCCGAUCGUCUUCGCGAGGAAGACUCUGAUGAAUUAGAAAAUACCGUGUGCGAAUCCAAUCCCUCAGUUUCUGAGUCGUUAAACAAUCUACGCCAAAGUGCAGUUAAGCGCGACUACCCUGUGAGCUUUCGUGGAGAUGUCCAUGCAAAGUCCCCUACAAACGGGAAAAUCCUCAUAUCCUCUUAUGAGGACCGUGCGGAUCUGCAGGACUUGGUAAGACAACAGAAGAGGGCUCGUGCCGAGGCCCGCAGACUCGCAGAACAAAACGAACGCGAGCGACGUUUGCGAAUAGCCGAAAACUUGGCUGCAACUGCUGAGGCCGCCAAGCUGGCUGCUAAACGCUCGCAGUCGCUGAAAAAGCACCAAUCACUUUCAUCUCAGAAUAAACGCGAUUCCAUCAAGCCCUCAGACGCUGCUCCCGUUGACGCCAUGCCGAUGGAGUGUGUGGUGCGUGCAACUCAACUCCUAGCAGAGGAUGACGAGCUGAACCACCGGGAACGUCAGGGUGAGGUGGAACGCCGUCCCCUGAAAACCGCAAAUAAACCGCCGAAAAGCCACGCACCGGCGCCUCCAGCUCGACCAACAUUAAGGGGUUCGUGUGUAGUUCAGCAAACACGCCCUCUCACCCUGUCCGCGUCUGCCACCCAAUCCGUGUACAACCAAAUACGCACAGACGCGUGCUUCCGCCAGCCAUACCCUACUACGCUAUCCAACGCCUUCGACAGGAGCAGCUUCUCCACCAGGCCGAGAGCUGCCAUCGUGUCUAACAGCCUUCCAUCGAAGAGCCAGACCACCAAACCGAACCGACGCGUCGUCGGCGGUAGUCCUCAACGAAUCUCACAGCUGAACAAUCGUGGGGGUCCACGACCUACUCUCUCCCAGGGACCCGCAGCCCGAGACGCGGAUGCUCGUCACGCCGCGACCAUCACGACUGUGGAGCAGCGCGUUUUCAAAGCGGUGAACACAACGCCGUCGCUUCUAGACCGUGAGGACUUCCGGAGCGAGCAGGCGCGCCUGCAGGCUCGUCUGUGCGCUAGCCGUGCGCGGAGACUCGUUCAUCUCGGAGAAGACGUUGGCGUCGGUGUUGGCCACACUGAGGACGCUGCCUCCACCAGCAGUUCAGACGACGUCUCAGUGGUCAAUUCCUACGUCGACGAUGUGGAACCACUUCCAGUUGUCAACGGGGAACACCUCACGAACCCACCUUGGUGUCGCGCCUCCACGACAACCGACGAACAGAUCUCCGUUCUACCACGCACGAAGCGUCUUCUUGCGAAUGCACAGCCACUAGACCAGCUGUCGUCGCCAAGUGAACCCUACAAAUGCGUCGAAAGUGAGUUGAAGCGCGGACGCCCAAUCAAGCCGGAGGGCCUGCUGUUUUCUCAACACGACCCGCUCAGAUUUAUGUCGGUGUGCAAGCAGAAGCAGUUCCAGCUAGCUCGACCAUGCGGUGAUGCGUUGGACAAGCCUAAUACGCAGCCGUUGGUACCUUCAAGAACGGAACGUCGUCAUUAUCUACAGACCAGCGUCGACACCGUGAGUCUUGACGGUGAAAAGACGUGUGACAUUGACGACAAGGAUGACAUUCUUACGUCAGACAUGAUUCCGCUGGCCUCGUCGUCGGCGAUAUCGGGCACACUGGACGAAGAGGAGGAUAAGACCAGUGACGCCGCAUCAUCGCUUCCCAGUGCUGGUGAGUGUACCACCUCGACGCAAUUGGAGAGUGAGUUGCCUUUGACAUACCGCCAGCGCGAUAUCCGUGAGUCAAAGCUACAGAAUCUUAUUCAAGGCCAAACCAACCAUCAGCCACAAGCUUCUCGUCUAGCCCCGACAGCACUUGGACUUAGUCUCGCCGCAGAGUUCCAUCGAUACGAUGCGCUAGCUGCCUCCGAGCAGCACAUCAACGGGAUGGAGAUGACGCGGCAAAUCUCACAGGCCCAGACCGAGGGCCUCAGUAUUUACCAACUGGCUCAGGCUGGCUACUUCCACAACCCCAACAACGGCCAUGCUCCUCUUCUUCCAUCACGUGUCGAACAAAUAAAAAAGGAAUUCACGCAUACCGCCGUCUCGCCUAUUGUCUUUACAGAAGUGGUGACGCGAAGUCACUCCACAACCAUUGUGCCACCUUUUAAGUCAUCAAACGACAACCACUUGCCUCUCGCCUCCACAGAACCGCCAGUGUCUUCGACGUGCUCCUCGCCUACAACCGUCCCAGACGACGUCCUCUCCGUCGCCACCACCACGAGCUUGAGUCACCACAUCUCCAUCAACUCUUUGGAUCAUUCGCCGCGUCCUCCGCCACUCCAGCUGACACCUUACGGCGACGCAGCCACCGCCACCACCCACCUGAGACCGCCAAACACCAAAGCACUGGGGCACGAAAUGAGCAUCACGCCGUACACACCGUCGAAUCUGGAGCGAUCUACUGCACUGGGUGACAUUAUGGAGCUCAAGUCGGAUAGGUUCAAUUGCAUCUUAAAGAAACGCGCCUGCGAGCUGAACGCGCGUCGACAGGAGGCUCAGCUGCUGCUCAAGUACGCCGCCAAACUUGACCGUGAGGAGCGCAAAGUCGAGGCCCUCGAAUCGAAGGCAAUCGAGGCACUUACACGUCCACAUCCACAUCGUCGACCCUUGGAAGUCUUCAGCAAGGCCAUCAAAAGCGGUGCUAACCUCCUCCCGACUCCUGCAUCGCCGACAGUGUCGUCUGUUUCUGGCGAAAAAAGCGAUCAAAGACUAGACGAAACUCUUCGUCCGAAAAUCUCCACCGUGGAGUCAUCACCGGAGAAGUCGGACCGUCAGACGUCCCCCAUCACUGCCGACGCCGCUGCGCAGGCAACCUUUCACGAGACUGUGGCAACACGCGAAGUGGCCUCAUCCACGUCCCGAUCCCCAAGCGUGUUGGAGGACUUCGAUGGGGCAGCGUGCGCGUCAACUUCCACGCCUGUUGCAUCCUCGUCACUGCCGAAGUCUGGAAGUGAGGCGCGUGCCAUCCCGUUGUCUCUGAGCACUUCUGCACCAGCCGCAGAUCUACCCUCCCCAGACCACUCGCCGUCUGCGUCGGCGGAUCCUUCCAUCACUGCCAACAGCCAGCUGUCUCCGCAGUCUGUGGCGUCACCCGAGGACGUCUCGACAGCCUCCUCCAUCUCGUCGGCAUCUCGCAUUCGACAGGGAUCCAGACAGCGUGUGUGCGCCCUCUCUCCGCCCUCGGUUUCGGAUGGAACAGGCGGCGUCGGCGACGACGACACAACUGCCUCACUAGUCACCUGCUUGACCGCGAAAUUGCGCGAGCAGCAGGCCUUGCUGGCCCUCAUCGAAGAGCAAUGCCAGCACGCCCACAAGGACCGUCUGGUGCGCUUGGAGCAAACUCUGCUCCAGCACAAGAAGCUCUGCAAUGAAGUAAUCGAACGCCUUAGUGGUCAAAUAAGGGCUUGUCAAUCGUCGUCUGUCCAAAGUACCAGAUCGCUCAAUACCUCUGCGACAGGGCAGGCUUCUAGAGCUGAAUCUGUCGAGUCUGUUGUCAGGGAGGAGAGUCAAUCCUCGGACUCGCUCGGGCCUGUCUCUGCGGCUGCGUCCAUCACAACGUCCAGCAUUCUCCAUACUUCGUUCAGGAAUUUGAAUAAACUGUCUGCGCCCGUUAUUAAGUCUGCGAUGGGCAGUGUCCGUCAACUACGUCGUGGCUCCUCUACAGAUUCCGGAAGUCGAACGUCGUCCAAAGUUGAUUCCAUCAAAUCUGCAAUCCAUAACAAAUCGGGAAAACACGAAGAUUCAGCUUCGCUGAGCAAGCGUGUUGAUUCUGUGAAAUCGACCGAGUCUAGUCUCAAACAGAACCUAAGAAAACAGCCAACGUCUCCUGGAAAGUCUGGCUUUUGCAGUGCUUCCGGAGGUAGAGCUUCCACCAGAACCGACUCCGUUGAAGUUGUCGUUGAGGUGGAAGAUCCUCAGAUUUCUGAAAAGAGCAAGUCCUCAGAUUCAGCGAGCGAUCGGCUGGAUUCCGUGGGGCUGACUUCGGCUGCAUCUGCUGCCACGUCUAGUCUUCGACGGGCAUCGUCGAAGGAUUUGAGCAAACAUUCUGCGUCUUCAGGUCCAACUGCCACGUACAGUUCCGACGCGUUCACAGACUCCAGUAGUCAACCGCCAACAAGAACGCAGUCCAUCAAAGCAACUCCUGAAGUGCAGCAAACGGGUUCAGUGGACGGAAAUCUUGAUUCCUCGUCACCCAGUAGGUCCGUCUUGUCCAGUGUCUCUGGAAGUCGUGCUUCUUUCGACGCCAAUUCAAUCAAAUCUGCCAUUGCGGCACACAGUACUUCCACGCCUGUUAAAGAUCAGUGUUCCGAUUCGUUGAGCGGGCGUCUUGAUUCCGUGAAGUCGGUAUCGGCCGUGUCUAGUUUUGCACAUUCGUCACCGCUUAAAUCGGCGAAAGGAAGGUCAGGUGAAGUCGAGUCUGGAAGUCUUGCGUCUACAGGCCAAAAAUCCUUUGAUCGUGCCCUGACUAACGAAGCGCUAUCUGUGUCAGAGAGGAGUAGGGUGUCUGAAAUGGAUGGAUCGUCAGUUGCGAAACCUAGUCAGAAGAAGACGUCACCCGCUGAGUCUGCAAAACACAGCAGAUGCCAAGUCGCAUCGAGUAGCUCUGAAUCCCCAAGUGAUUCCAGAAGUCGUGUUUCUUCGAAAGCUGAUGGUGCCAGAUAUGCCGUCGAAGAAGAGAAUGCUCGCCCGCCUAUUGGAGAAGGACUGUCUGUGUCUGCUGCUUCUUCCAGCUGUCACAAGUCAUUGCGUAGUGAUUUAGACAAACAGCCGACUCCUGUGAUUGAAGCUGCCAAAAAGAGUUCACACCAAGCGGCUUCGUCUGGCGAUUCCGGAAGUCGUGCGUCUUCCAUAGUUGAUUCCAUAAAGUCCUCAAUUGAAGACGAGGCGUUGGCCUUAUCGGAAGGAAGUCGGGAAUCAGUGAGCGGGCGUAUUGAUUCCGUGAAGUCGGCAUCGGCCGGGUCCAGUCUUGCACAGCCGUCAUCGCCUAAAUCGGCGAAAGGAGGGUCAGGUGAAGUCGAGUCUACAGGCCGAAAAUCCCUUGAACGUGCCUUCGGUAAAGAAGCCCCAUCUGUGUCGGAGAGAAGUAAUGUGUCUGACUUGGAAGGAUCGUCAGUUGCGAAACCUAGUCCCAAGAAGACGUCACCCGUCGAGUCUGCAAAACACAGCAGACGCCAAGUCGCAUCGCGCAGCUCCGCAUCCCCAAGUGAUUCCAGAAGUCGUGUUUCUUCGAAAGCUGAUGGUGCCAGAUAUGCCGUCGAAGAAGAGAAUGCUCGC